AUGGAGUUGAUUUCUCUUCCUCUAGUUCUCUAUGGUUCAGCUGUAUGUUUAAACUGCAAUACGUUUUUUUUUCUCUUUGUUUUUACAGUGCUGAUUUCAAACAUCCACUCUCAAUAUACUGCAGAUAUAAAACCAAUUCUGACUGUGCAUCCACAGACGUCUGUGUUCAUUGGAGACACAGUUACACUGACCUGUGUGGUGCACACUUGGUACACUGGAUGGGAGUUUGUUUUUUCCAGACCUGAAUACCCUUCAUACCCUGAAUACCUUCCAUACCCUGCAUUCCCUCCAUACCCUGCAUUCCCUUCAUACCCUGCAUACCCUCCAUACCCUGCAUUCCCACUAUACCCUGCAUACCCUCCAUACCAUGCAUACUAUGAACCUACAGUAACUAUACCAAUCCCAUCUGUGCAAGUCUCUGACGGAGGACAGUACUUGUGUGGAGUCAUAAUUAGAAACCCACCAUUUUACACACAAUACAGUGAACCAGUAAUAGUGACAGUACACGAUAGACCAACACCCCGAGUGUCUGUUUGGCCUGGUGAAGAUGUAAUCAUUGGAGAAACUGUUACUCUCACAUGUGUCAUCAAUGGAGGAGGAGUCAGCAGCUGGCAGUACAGCUGGUAUAAAGAUUCACCGUCAUCCACUGUCAGUAAACUCCAGAAUUCAAUCACAAUCAGAUCUGUUACUGAGUCUGACGCAGGUAAAUACGCCUGUAGAGGAACAGAGACCAGAGGAUCACGAUACUCACACAUCAGUAAUGAAGUUACACUGACAGUAUCAGAUAUUCCCCGACCAACUCUGAAUGUGCAACCACAGACGCCCGUGUUCAUUGGAGACAAAGUUACUCUGAUCUGUAAGGUUUGUCAGUCCACUGGAUGGGAGUUUAUCUUCAUAAACCCUUCAAACACUGAAUCCACUGAAACUACAGGAACUAAAACAAUCAGAUCUGUGCAAGUCUCUGAUGGAGGAGAGUACAAGUGCAGAGCCAGAAGAAGAGAAAACCCUCAGGUUUACACACAAUACAGUCAACCAAUAACAGUGACAAUACAGGAAAGACCAACACCCCAAGUGUCUGUUUUGCCUGAUAAUCAUGUAUUCAGAGGAGAAACUGUCAAUCUCAGAUGUGUCAUCAAUGGAGGAGGAGUCAGCAGCUGGCAGUACAGCUGGUAUAAAGAUUCAGUGAUCCAGCAGAAUAAACUUCAGUAUUACACAAUCAGAUCUGUUACUGAGUCUCACACAGGUAAAUACACCUGUAGAGGAAAUGAAAUCAGAGGAUCAUGGUCCUCACACAUCAGUAAUGCAGUUACACUGACAGUAUCAGAAAGAUCAAAACCUAAACUCACAUCAGAUACUGAAGGAUCUGUACUGACAGGUAACACAGUGACUCUGAAGUGUCGCAUUGAUCAGUCUACUGGAUGGAAGUUUUACUGGUACAAACACACACAAAACACUGAGAAGACGACAACAGAAACAAACUCUUACACAAUCAACAGUGUUAAAGUUUCAGAUGGAGGUCAGUACUGGUGUAGAGCUGGAAGAGGAAAACCAGACUAUUACACAGACUACAGUGAUGGACUGUGGAUAAAUGUUAAAGAGAGUCCUAAACCUGUAGUGAGUGUUAAGCCUGACACACAGCUGUUCAGAGGAGAAACUGUUACUUUGAGAUGUGACAUACAGAAUACAGGAGACACUGAGUGGACAUACAGCUGGACUGUAAAGAAGACAAAUAACAGAAAUAUAAUCACACAAUGCAACACACAAGAGUGUAAAAUCAACAACAUUCAACCAUAUAACAGUGGUCAAUACACCUGUAGAGGAAAGAUACGUGAACAAAACACUGAGAUGAGUGAUGCUGUUACACUGACUGUUUCAUCAGAUAAACCACAGACAGUUUUAAGUGUUUCUCCACAGCAGUGGUUGAAUGAAGGAGAUUCAGUGACUCUGAUGUGUGAGGUUAUAAAUUCAUCUACAGGCUGGACAUUCAGGUGGUUCACUCUACAGAGUCCCUCCACAGAUGGUUAUCAGCUCCUAUCAGACAGCAUUCGAGGAUCUAAAGGCAACUACACUGUGAGGUCAGUGACUGUGAAGCACACAGGAGUUUAUAAGUGCAGAGCAGAGAGAGGAGAUCCAGUCUAUCACACAGAGUACAGUAACACACAAACACUGUGGAUCACUGAAAGACCAGCACUUCAAGUGUCUGUUUGGCCUGCUGAUCAUGUAUUCAAAGGAGAAACUGUCAAUCUCACAUGUGUCAUCAAUGGAGGAGGAGUCAGCAGCUGGCAGUACAGAUGGUAUAAAGAUUCAAUCAUCCAGCAGAAUAAACUCCAGUAUUAUAUAAUCAGAUCUGUUACUGAGUCUGACGCAGGUAAAUACACCUGUAGAGGAAAAGACACCAGAGGAUCACGAUACUCACACAUCAGUAAUACAGUUACACUGACAGUAUCAGCUUUACCCAAAAUUACAGUGAGAGUAACACCAGACAGAUCUGUGUUCACUGGAGAGACAGUCACUCUGAAGUGUGAGAUAGAGGAUCAGUACAGAUCAUUAAACUGGACAUAUCAGUGGUAUAAAGACACAACUGAAGUGUUAAACUUUGAGAAUUACACUGUAAACAGCGACUCUCUCACUAUCACUGGAGUUACUGAAUCUGAUCAGGAUGAGUUCAGCUGUAGUGCAGAGAUACACGGACGACCACAAACUUCACUAUCAAGCUCUGCUGUUUAUCUCACAGUGAAGACUUUGCCCAGAGCUACAGUGAGAGUAACACCAGACAGAUCUGUGUUCACUGGAGAGACAGUCACUCUGAAGUGUGAGAUAGAGGAUCAGUACAGAUCAUUAAACUGGAGAUAUCUGUGGUAUAAAAACACAACUAAAGUGUUUAAUUCUGGGCGUUACACUUUAAACAGAGACUCUCUCACUAUCAGAGGAGUUACUGAAUCUGAUCAGGAUGAGUUCAGAUGUAGUACAGGGAUACACGGACGACCACAAACUUUACAAUCAAGCUCCGCUGCUUACCUAACUGUGAAGGGAUCAAAACCUAAACUCACAUCAAAUACUGAAGGAUCUGUACUGACAGGUAACACAGUGACUCUGAAGUGUCACAUUGAUCAUUGGUCUACUGAAUGGAAGUUUUACUGGUACAACAACACACAAAACACUGAGAAGACGACAACAGCAACAAACUCUUACACAAUCCACAGUGUUAAAGUUUCAGAUGGAGGUCAGUACUGGUGUAGAGCUGGAAGAGGAAAACCAGACUAUUACACAGACUACAGUGAUGGACUGUGGAUAAAUGUUACAGAGAGUCCUAAACCUGUAGUGAGUGUUGAUCCUGACAAACAGCUGUUCAGAGGAGAAACUGUUACUCUGAGAUGUGACAUACAGGAUACAGGAGACACUGAGUGGACAUACAGCUGGACUGUAAAGAAGACAAAUAACAGAAAUAUAAUCACACAAUGCAACACACAAGAGUGUAAAAUCAACAACAUUCAACCCACUGACAGUGGUAAAUACACCUGUAGAGGAAAGAUACGUGAACAAAACACUGAGAUGAGUGAUGCUGUUACACUGACUGUAUCAUCAGGUGAGUUUAUAUGUUUGUUCAUCAUUAUUAGUGUGAAGAGAUGA